CCUUGACGCACAACCUGCCAGCUCUCAGCCCGGUGAGCACCCGGCUGCAUUCUGGAAACUACCCAGUUACACCUAGGCAGGUCUGCCCCUCCUCCCCGGGGUUGAGGAAGCAGGAAAAGGUAGCAGUGAGAGGCAGUGGGCAGAUCUGCUGGCAAUGGUGGCCGGAGCCUCAGAUAAGAUGGGCUGUCUCUGGGGCCUGGCUCUGCCCCUUUUCUUCUUCUGCUGGAAGGCUGGGGUCCCUGGGAGCUUUGCAGGCCCCAGCACCAAUGGAUCAGGCCACGCAGAUAUGUCUGCUGUGACUCCAGCGGCUGGGACAACCUCAGAGGGACUCUUUUGGACCACUGACCUCACUGAAAUCUCUGUGCCAAGCCAUAUCCCUUUGGAAACUCAAACCCUGGGCACCCAGACCUCUGAUAGAGCUUUCAUCCCAGGUGGCACCAUUUCAGAAGCAGAGACCCGGGAAACCAAGACCAUUUUUCCUGCAGCAAAGACCAGGGCCCUCGUGAAAACAACGCCUUCCAAGUCCAUGGUUGUGACCAUGCCUCUGGAGACACCAGCCACCCGUAGCCGCCCCAUGGGAAGUGAAAUGACCACAGUUGAGACUGUUACAGGUAAAGAUCUCUUGAAAGCCGUCUUUGACACCCUUUGCACUUUUGACAGCUCUGAAGAAGCAAAGACGAUCAUGGUUGACUACUUGACAUUGGCUUACUCUGCAGAAGCUAAGGCCUUGUCCUCAGAGAGCAGCACCUCCUCUGACAACUCAGUUCCAGCCAUUGCCCCACAAGCCCUGUUACCCAACAUUACUGCUCUGGCUAAAGCCUUGGUUCCCUCCAACAUCACCAUCCUCAAAGUGAUCAACUGCAGUUUUAUAGAAAUAGAAGCAACUGCCACCAUCCCUGGGACCUCAGACAUAAAUCACAGCCCCACAGGAGGAAAGGCCCUGUCUGCUCCUGAAACAUCAGCUUUGCCUGACUCCAAUGAAGACACAUCACACUUCACCAGGACCACACUUCACUCAGCCCCUGCUGAGAUCUUGUCAACAGCCAGUGCCACAGUAUCAACCACACCUGAUAGCACACUCACCAUCAGUAGCACCACUGAGACUGAAACAACAGCAGCCAAGGCCACCCCUCCCAGUGGAAAGUUGAUGACAGUCAGCACUAACUUCUUGGAAGGAAACUCAACCCUCUCUGUUGGAACAAGCCACACCAAGGUCUCAGAGGCAGUUACAACAUCCACAGAAGCUUGGUCAACAGUAGGCAAAGCGACCUCCCCUGCUGGGUUCUCGGCCAUGGUCUACAGCCUCUCUGAAGUAGCCACCAUCAUGAACUCCACCCCCUCAGAGACUUCUACCACAGGCAGCACAUUCAGUGGGCCUGUUCCCCUUAGCAGGAACCCGCUUCCUUCUGCCCAUCUGACGACGGCCAGCAGUAGUCAAGUAAUAAACACCACUUUAGCCAAGACCACAGCCUCAGCAAAGACCUCUAAGAUGGCCAGCACAGCUGCGGGGAAGCCCUCAAGAGCCACCCCUACCACUGUUCCAAGAUGGACAGAUGUUACUGCAGGCAGGAAUGGAGGCUUCCUCCUCCUGAGGCUGAGUGUGGUCUCCCCAGAAGACCUCACUGACCCCACAGUGACAGAGAGGCUGAUGCAGCAGGUGCUUACGCCUCCCAUCCAAGUCUCCCUGCUGCGCGUCAGGAGGGGCUGAAGAACAUCAGCUGCGACCAGGCACAGCCGUGUGCAGAAGGGGGCAUCGCUGCCUGUGACCUGAACCUCACCAGGACUGGAACCAUGAUACUACACUGAGAUGUACCUGGAAGGUUCCCACGUACAUCAGCAGACCUAAGGCCUUACCCAGACAUGGCAGUGGGACCCUGGCUCACAUAUGCCUGGGUGUACGUGUAAGGGGUGGGGGUGUCUUCCCUGUCCCAGGAUGUCCUUGGACUUCCCCUGGCAUGUGUGUUGUGUUUCAGUAAAUUGUGACCUGAUCAC